AUGGCGAUUAGGAUGUACGUCAUGUUCGAACUGGAUAUGAACUGCGUUGAGAGAGUGUUGGAGUACUCGGACAUCACGACCGAACGUUACGAGGGUCUUGAUGCUCCGGCUGGGUGGCCCUCCAAAGGACGUCUGGAAGUCACGAAUUUGUCUCUGAGUUACGCACCAGACCAACCGCUAGUUCUGCGUCAGGUGAGCUUUCAGAUCAAACCCGGUGAGAAAAUUGGCAUAGUUGGCCGUACCGGAGCUGGUAAGUCGUCGCUGGCAUUAGCUCUUUUCCGGUUCCUUGAGGCCCAGGAAGGGCGAAUUCUCAUCGAUGGUGUCAAUAUCAGCCAGAUCAAUCUCCGUGAUCUUCGUCGUCGGAUAGGCAUCAUUCCGCAAGAUCCAACGCUGUUUGCCGGCACAAUCCGGUCAAAUCUCGAUCCCUUCAACGAGCACGAUGACUGUGAAUUGCUUAUCGCUUUGGGGCGGGUACAGUGGGUGAUGCAGGAUGGAGAUAUACUAUCCGCAGUCGGCCAUGUUAGAACAGGAAAGGAGUUGGACUCCCAGACCGACGAGGCUCUCCUGCAUGAAAAGACAGCUCUUUCCGAGCUUAAUGCCUCUGUUGCAGAGGGAGGCUCAAAUUUCUCACAGGGACAGCGGCAACUACUUUGUUUAGCUCGUGCCAUCCUGGCAGCACCCAAGAUUCUUGUACUGGACGAAGCCACAUCAGCUGUUGAUGUUGCGACUGAUGAGGUGAUCCAGAAAUCAAUUCGCUCCGACUUUGGGCAGGGGUCGAGCACGAUGUUAGUGAUUGCCCAUCGCAUCAGCACUAUUGCUGAUUUCGAUCGGGUUCUUGUUCUUGAUGCAGGCAGAGUGAUUGAAUUCGCGUCCCCUUGGGACCUCAUGCAGCUGGAAAAUGGGGUCUUCAGACGCAUGGUGGAAGAGGAUGGGGAAUGUGACAGCCUCAGACGAAUGAUAUCUAAGAAUACUUCCAGAGCACACUAG